UUGGUGAAGUGUUGGGAGCAACUUUUCUAAAAUUUUAGAAAAACAACAACUUAUACUCCCUCCCUCAAGGUGAAGCACUGAGUUCUUCAUUAUGUCUGAUGGAGACUAUGAUUACCUCAUCAAGUUUUUAGCUUUGGGAGAUUCUGGAGUAGGGAAGACCAGUGUACUUUACCAGUACACAGAUGGCAAAUUUAACUCCAAAUUUAUCACGACAGUGGGCAUUGAUUUCAGGGAGAAAAGAGUGGUAUACAGAGCCAAUGGGCCAGAUGGAGCCAUUGGCAGAGGCCAGAGAAUCCACCUACAAUUAUGGGACACAGCAGGGCAAGAGAGGUUUCGUAGCUUGACAACAGCGUUCUUCAGAGAUGCUAUGGGAUUUCUUCUGCUUUUUGAUCUGACAAAUGAGCAAAGUUUCCUCAAUGUCAGAAACUGGAUAAGCCAACUACAAAUGCAUGCAUAUUGUGAAAACCCAGAUAUAGUGUUAUGUGGAAAUAAGAGUGAUCUGGAAGACCAGAGAGUAGUAAAAGAGGAGGAUGCAAGAGGACUUGCAGAGAAAUAUGGAAUCCCCUACUUUGAAACUAGUGCUGCCAAUGGGACAAACAUAAGCCAAGCAAUCGAGAUGCUCCUGGACCUGAUAAUGAAGCGAAUGGAACGAUGUGUAGAUAAAUCCUGGAUUCCUGAAGGAGUGGUCCGAUCCAAUGGUCAUACCUCCACAGAUCACUUGAAUGAAGCAAAGGAGAAGGGGAUCUGUGGCUGUUGAAGAGUCCAGUGAGCUACACAGUAACUCAAGUGGCCCAUGUCUGUGAUCUUCUCUAUGGGUGAUACAUAGCAGAGAGAGUGAUGAACAGGCAUUGUGUACAAAUGGCUUCUACUGUCCCACUUAGGAUCAAUAAAGCAUUUGGUUUUAUGAUUAAUUUGCUGCAGCUUUGUAAAUAUUUAAGAUUCAGCCCGAGAAUUAUGAGAAGUAUUUCACGCAGCCGAAAGUGCCUUAUAAAACCUUAGCCCAUUGCAGUAGAUGAUUCAGGAUUAAGGA